UCAGCUCUUAUCAGCAGUUGUAUCUGCCAUCUGGCCUUGUGAUAGUAUAUCAGAUCGCAACAGUCACUCGGGCCUUAACCAUACCAAUCUGUGUGUAGUGGAAGAACAGAAACUGAAAAUGACACUUGUACCUUCAACUCCGAGCGAGAAAGCAACUUUGAGGCAAUAUUUGGCGGCAAUCACUGUGACACUUGGGAUGAUGGUGGUUGGAGAGACGUUUGGAUGGCCCUCCCCCACCUUGCCCCUCCUAGAGGACCCGUCGGCCCCGCUACACCUUGAUCACUCCCAGAUGGCAUGGGUCGUGUCUUUACUCUACAUGGGGAAUCUCCUCAGUCCCAUACCCACUGGUUGGCUUAUGGACCGUUUUGGGCGUAAGAGGUCCCUGAUUCUCUUGUCAGUGUUGCCACUAUCCUCCUGGACUUUGAUCCUGCUAGCCAAGCGUCCCCUGCAUCUCUACAUUGCCCGUCUGCUAGCUGGUUUCUGGAUCGGAGUGGUAACAACUAUUGCUCCCAUCUACAUCGGAGAGAUCGCUGAACCUAGAAUCCGCGGUGCUCUGGGAAAUUUCUCCUCACUCAUGACCUACGUUGGAGACUUGUUUAUUUAUUUGGUUGGGCCAUAUGUCUCCUACAGCACGCUCGCCCUUGUCGCAGGCAGUGUGCCGGUGAUCUUUCUGUUGACCUUCUCCUGGAUGCCAGAGUCCCCCUACUACUUCCUGAUGCAGGGAAAGAAGGAUGAGGCCCGAGAGUCCCUGCGGUGGCUACGAGGCGACGCAGGGAAAGGCGAACUGGAAACAGAGAUAAACAAGAUGGAAGAGAACGUGAAAAGUCAGAUGCAGAACAAAGGCACAAUGAUGGACAUCUUUGCCACUCAUGCCAACAGGAAGGCUUUCUUCAUUGUUGAAGUCUUAGCCGUGUGUGUCAAGUUCUCUGGGACUGGUGUGAUGAUGGCAUUCGCUUCAACAACUCUGCCCAAAGAUGCCUUCAGCUCCUUCGGUCCCAGUGAGUGUGUCAUAGUCCUGGGUAUCACCUGGGUCUCUUCAGCCAUCUUGUCUAUGCAGCUGGUUGACCGACUGGGGCGUAAGGUGCUGCUCUCUGUAUCCUCCUUCGGCUGUGGAUGCGCUGUACUGCUAGCUGGUGUCUGGUUCUACCUGGACUCUGCCACCUCCGUGAACGUCCGAGGAGUCAGCUGGGUCCCCUUCACGUGUUUCCUACUACACGCUCUGCUCUACUCCCUUGGACUGGGACCGAUCGGCAUGGCCAUCAAAGGAGAGGUUUUGGCAGCCAAUAUAAAAGCGAACGCCUCUGCCAUCACGUCUAUCGUUCUCGCUCUGUCCGCUCUGUUCCUCAACCGAGUGUAUCUGUUCCUCGCAGACUCCAUAGGGAUGUAUGUCAACUACUGGAUAUUUGCGGCCGCAUGUUUCAUUGCAUGUGGCUUCACUCUGCUUGUCGUCGUGGAAACUAAGGGGAAGACGUUGCAGGAAAUACAGGAUGAGUUAGCCAGGAGAAAACCUCAGCCACAAGUAGAAGACGGCCUGUGAUUAAAAGCGGAAUCUCAAUAAUGUGUUUCAUUUACUUCUCUGAAUCAAAUAUUUGUAGACGGUACCUCGAAGUUGACAUUUAAUUCCCAUGUUAGAGUCAUGGCUGGUUUUAGAAUGACAAGAACUUAAUUCAAUUGGCUACUGACAGAGUAUGUAAAGUACCUCUUGAACUUAACACAAACUUUUAUA